AUGACCUACCUUUGGAGUGGUAUCGCUUGUACCCUACGUACACGCAUUGAAGGAAGACUUCUCGCCAAAGACCCUGUCAGAAACCCAUCCAAUACAUUUACUGUGCAUGAGACAAAAUCUGCUGCAGAAGCCUUACUGCAGAGAGAUUGCUUUGACACCAACCCGGCUUAUUCCGACAAUGAAGACAACAAGUCUGACUCUACAGACCACGAUAAUGACACUGAGUCAAGUGACUCAGAAUCAUCUGAAUCUGAAGGUGAUACUGGGUCACACAAGCAACAGCUGAAGAAACUGGAGAAGAAAACAGAGAAGCUGGCUAAGAAAAAGAGCAAGAGAAUUACCAAGGAUUCUGAUGAUAAAGACACUUCAGUCAACCUCUUUUCAUAG